CGGGCAGACACCAGACAUCGGGCAGGCGGGCAGCGCGCUUCGAUUCCAAUCCACUUCACAGAAUUCAAGUUUAAGCCGGGCCCAGGCCGACGACUCGAGCUCAGUGCGACCCGACAACGCGCCGCGACAACAACGUACCACAAAUUCGCUCGACAGAUUCGACAGAUUUGCCAGAUUUAAAAAAGACACAACAACAGAUGCGCAAAAUGUUCGCCUUUAUCGGAGUGCUUUGUCUGCUGCAUUCGGCCAUCCCGCUGGUGCCCGCUCAGCUGAUUACGCUGCGCGAUGGCAAGGUGGGCGUGAACUUUGCUGGCUACCACGCCGAUGCCGGACUGGGCGGCCUACUCACGGGAAACUCUGCCCACGGCGGCCUCAGCGCCUCGGCCGGACCCUGGGGCUCACGAGCCGCCGCCGGUCUGGGCGGCAACCUUGACGGAAGCACAAACGGCUUUGGGUAUGCCGCAGCCCAGGCUAAUCCUUCGGUGGGCGCCAGUGCCCUACUGGGGGGCAGCGCUGGCGAGCACGGCUACAUUGGCGCUGAGGCACACAGUCCCGGCAAGACGGCCAUCACCUCCAAGCAGCACACGGUGCAGCCUCAGGCUCCAGCUGCCGCUUCGCCCACUUCUGGCCCAGACGCACCACCGGCCCUGCCCACCGUCAGCAAUCAUGUGCAGCGUGUGAAGCCACCAAAGAAGUAUUCGUUGAUCAGACAAGAUGUACCAGCAAAGAGCGACGUGAAGACCGUGCAGACCCACAAGUACACAAAGACCGUGCAGAGGUCGCCGCAGGCGGUGGGCAAUCGCUUCCUGGCGCCACAAUCCUCAUCGCCCGUUGGCCUGGCCCUCGAUAUCCCCAUUGGCAUUUUGCGCUCCUUGCAGCAAUCGCUGGGCAACCUGGCCAACGGCCCUCCACAAGCGGCGCCCGUUCAGGGCUGAGUCCACCUCUCGUGGGUGGGAUGCUGGUGGAGUAUCUGUAAGCUUUCUCUUUAUACACAGCUAGAGCCGGUGUCAAUCAAUAAAGCGUUUAAGCAAGCUAA